CACACCAACAGCAGAACCUUAACCAGUUACCCGGCCACUUAUCAAGCACAGAUGGCAAAGCUAGCGAUGCCGCUCACUGCGACAUUCCUGGCCUUCGGGCUGGCAGUGCUCCUCCUGUCCGCCGCCGGUCCGGCGGUCGCGCAGAAUUGCAACUGCCCGGCGGGCAUGUGCUGCAGCCAGUGGGGUUACUGCGGCACGGGCCCGGACUACUGCGGCGCCGGGUGCCAGUCGGGCCCGUGCACGGUGGCGAGCAGUGGUGCCGCAGCUGCGGAGGCGUCCGGCGGCAAGCCCGUGGGGAGCAACCGCACCCCAUAGGCGACGCGGGUGCACCUGCCUCAACUCCCAGGCCUGGAAUGUGAUGAUAGUCCGAGCUUAUAAUAGAAUAAAGCUAAGUAAGUGAAUUUUACUGGGAGCUAAGUAAAGCAACGCUGCCGUGUAAUGGAUAUGGCUAAUACGUACCGAGUGAGUACCUCGUAGAUGGCCAGAGCAGUGUUGUUGAGAAGGAAAUAAGCCACGGACAACAACGGUUGUUCGAUAUAUUUGAAUCAAAAAUGUUUUACCGAGUUAUCAUUUUGCAUCCAUCAUAAAUUGCACUUGGUAUUUGCUACCGCCUAGCCUACAAAAACG